AUGGCGGAUGUAACCUCCGAAUGUAAUAUCAAGGUGUUGUGUCGCUUUCGCCCUCUGAAUCAAUCGGAGAUUCUGCGUGGGGAUCAAUUUAUUCCUACAUUUCUGGGAGAUGACAGUGUCAGCGUUGGGGGACGGUCAUACGUGUUCGACCGGGUUUUUCCCACCAACACCACUCAGGAGCAGGUCUACAAUACCUGUGCUAAACAGAUUGUCAAGGAUGUUCUGGGUGGAUACAAUGGCACUAUUUUCGCAUAUGGACAGACCGCCUCCGGCAAGACUCACACCAUGGAGGGGAAGCUGCAUGACCCCAAUCAGAUGGGCAUCAUCCCCAGGAUUGCAGAGGACAUCUUCAACCAUAUCUUUGGCAUGGACGAGAACCUGGAGUUCCACAUCAAGGUUUCAUAUUUUGAAGUCUAUAUGGACAAAAUUCGGGAUCUGCUGGAUGUGACCAAGACUAACCUGGCUGUUCAUGAGGAUAAGAACAAGAUCCCAUAUGUGAAGGGCUGCACCGAGCGCUUUGUGUCCAGCCCUGAUGAGGUCAUGGAUGUCAUUGACGAGGGGAAGAACAACCGCCAUGUUGCCGUCACCAACAUGAAUGAGCACAGCUCUCGCAGUCACAGCAUCUUCCUGAUCAACAUCAAGCAGGAGCACGUGGAGACGGAGCAGAAGUUGUGUGGGAAACUCUACCUGGUGGACUUGGCUGGUAGUGAGAAGGUCAGCAAAACGGGCGCUGCGGGUGCCGUUCUUGAUGAGGCCAAAAACAUCAACAAGUCUCUGUCAGCCCUGGGCAACGUAAUCUCUGCACUGGCUGAAGGGACGAAAACCCACGUGCCAUACCGUGACAGCAAGAUGACCCGUAUCCUGCAGGACUCUCUGGGUGGCAACUGUAGGACCACCAUGUUCAUCUGCUGCUCUCCGUCCAGCUUCAACGACGCUGAGACCAAGUCCACCCUGAUGUUUGGACAACGCGCUAAGACCAUCAGGAACACGGCCUCCGUCAAUCUGGAGCUGACGGCCGAUCAGUGGAAGAGGAAGUACGAGAAGGAGAAGGAGAAGAACAAAACCAUGAAGGAAACGGUUCAGAGGCUGGAGGCUGAGCUCAACCGCUGGAGGAACGGGGAGAAUGUUCCUGAGACGGAGAGGACCACUGCUGACGUGGUGCGCCUGGAGACGGCGGAGGAGCGGAGCCCCGUGAUGAUCCUGGACAACGACACCUCCUCCAUCGUGGUGCGCAUCUCCGAGGAGGAGCGUCAGAAGUACGAGGAGGAGAUCCGCAAGCUCUACAAGCAGCUGGACGACAAGGAUGAUGAGAUCAACUUGCAGUGCCAGUUGGUUGAGAAACUGAAGGAGCAGAUGCUGGAUCAGGAUGAGCUGCUGGCGUCGUCCCGUGGGGAUGGGGACAAGGUGCAGGCGGAGCUGGGCCGCCUGCAGGUGGAGAGCAACUGUGCCAAGACAGAGGUGAAGGAGGUGCUGCAGGCACUGGAGGAGCUGGCCAUCAACUACGACCAGAAGAGCCUGGAGGUGGAGGAGAAAGGCCUGCAGAACCAGCUGCUGGCCGACCAGUUGGCCCAGAAGAUGGCCAAUCUGAUGGAGUUGGAGGCGGAGCUAUCCCACAUGCAGGAAGUGAGUGGUCAGCAGAGGAAGCGCAUCGCUGACGUCCUCAACGGCCUGAUGAGGGACCUAAGUGAGUUCAGCACCAUCGUGGGCAACGGGGAGAUCAAGCUGCCGGUGGAGAUCAGCGGGGCGAUCGAGGAGGAGUUCACGGUGGCCCGUCUCUACAUCAGCAAGAUCAAGUCGGAGGUCAAGUCCAUGGUGAAGCGCUGUCGCCAGCUGGAGAACCUGCAGCUGGAGUGUCAUCGCAAGAUGGAGGAGACGGGCCGCGAGCUCUCCUCCUGCCAGCUCCUCAUCUCACAGCAUGAAACGAAGAUCCGCUCUCUGACGGAGUACAUGCAGAGUGUUGAGCAGAAGAAGAGGAUGCUGGAGGAGAGCCACGACUCCCUCAGCGAGGAGCUGGCCAAGCUGCAGGACCCGGGUAACACACCUCCACACACCAUCCACCCUCACAUCAGCAGGCCCCGGGAUUCUGACAUUGUUCUUUUCCUUAUGGUGGUUCAGAAGGUUCCUCGGCAGCAGGGGGACUCUCACCGUGGUCUCCAACAAAGGCAGAUGGCCCGUCUGCGGGAUGAGAUCAACGAGAAGCAGAGGAUCAUCGAUGACCUCACUGAUCAUAACCAGAAGCUGCAGAUUGAGUUGGCUCAGGUGCUUGCCGACUUUGACCGUUUGAAGAGCGUGGACAGCAGCAAGAGCGAGCGGCUGGAGGAACUGUCAUUCCUGCAUGAACGCCAUGAGCAGACCAAGCAGGACCUCAAAGGGCUGGAGGACACCGUCGCCCGGGAGCUCCAGACCCUCCACAACCUGCGCAAGCUGUUCGUUCAAGACCUCACGUCGCGGGUUAAAAAAAGUUCCGAAAUGGAGCCUGAUGACAGUGGGGGGCCUUGCACCCAGAAACAGAAGAUUUCCUUUCUUGAGAAUAACCUGGACCAACUUACAAAGGUUCACAAACAGCUGGUUCGUGACAAUGCAGAUCUGCGCUGUGAGCUUCCAAAGCUGGAGAAACGUCUUCGGUCUACUGCUGAGAGAGUUAAGGCCCUGGAGACGGCACUGAGGGACGCCAAGGAGGGCGCCAUGAUCGACAGGCGUCGUUACCAGCAGGAGGUGGACCGCAUCAAAGAAGCCAUGAGGACCAAGAACGCUCUGAGGCGCCCCCAUGCGGCACAGAUCGCCAAACCAGUGCGACCGAAGCAGCUGCCAGUGUGCUCUCCUACCAACCCCUUCUACACGCGUGUCAGUGAGCCGGCGAACACCUACAGUAAUGCCCUGUUCCAGAGCUCCAUCACAGAACAGACCACCGCACCCAUCUCUCAGAUCAGCUCCGUCUCGACCAACACAGUGUCCACAGCGCUGGGCUACAGAGCAGUCAACCCCGCAGACAUGCUGGAGUCCUACCCACUCAACAUAGACAGGGAUAACGGAAACACCGUAGACGUCAAUGACAACAGGAGUGAUGUGCACUGUGGCAGUAAGGUGGACGACCCAGGCAGACUCUACAUCGUUCAGCAGGAGACCGCUGCAAGUUAA